CGAAUGUCUAAAUAUAGCCAUUAUGAUAGAGCGCACGCAUUUUGCUGCGAAAAACAGUGUUUCUGAGCAGGUCUAUGGAAAGUAAUAAUUUGCUAAAUUGCAAAUAAUAAUGUUUCCUUUUUUGAUGGUUUUCACGUAUAGGGUGGUCGACGUAACUUUCGAUGUGGUUGUGCAAACAAUUAUUUUUCGAAUCGAAUGAAUUCUUAUGUAUUUCAAUUUGAAACGCAACAAUCGAGGUUCUGGUUUCCGUUGCAUUUCUUUCUUUAAUUUUCGACUACAUAUCCACAGCUUAGUCAACUACAACUGCGCAGUCGGCCGAAGAGUCCUUUCCACCUGGAGGCGGUAAACUUUGAAAAUCGUACGUCCUUCGACGGAGAAUCCGCAUGCAGAGUCAUCUACCGCAGCACUUGACGUUAGCAACUUUCGCUUUUUGCGGCAAAACACGCACAGUGAAGCAGCCCGUCUGCCCGUGCAUAUAAGUAUGUAUGGGUAGCGAGAUCUCGCCAACGAUCCUGAUGACCGCAGUCACCGCCGCAAUAUCCCCCUCUACGUCCUUCUCGUAAUCGAUUCGAUAAUCUCGAAAUCGCGAGCAGUGGUUCCCUGUGUUCAUACUCCCGCACAUGGCACGUACACACGCAGUCGGCGCGUGUAUGUAGGUACGUAGCCCGUAUUAUCGGGAGCUGUCGUGCAGAAGGAAUAUAACGAAUACGCAAGUCGUGCGCCAGUAUACAAGUGGGCACACGUAUACAUACAGUAUACUAUAGGCACUACAGCAGAGGAGAGGAGACCACCUCCCUCUCGGCUCUGCGAAAGCGAGAGUGCUCGCAGCACCGCUCCGCUCUCUGCCGAGUAGAGGAGGGUUCAGUGCCACAACAAGGAAGUGUCCGCCGCCGCGAGAACGUCUCGCGUGCAGUGCGAGAAAGAAAGUGCGCGCGUUAAGUAUGCCGAUGAUCGCGUACUAUCUGCAGCGGCCCUCGUGAUUCGUCGCCGGCAAAAGGACACCGCGCGCAUCUGAAGGACGCGAAGGUUCAACGUCGCCCUGCGAUUGCUUCCGGAGAGAGAGGUCCAUCAGCCAGGAAGUGCAGCUAACUGCCACGGUGGAACGGAAGCAUAAAAACUAGGAUGAUGCCCAGGUGCUGAAUCAAAGGUGCGGAGUACUAGUUUAAUGGAUUUUAAGCAGGCUAGUCCAACGCCAGAAGGAAUGCCUCUGAACUCAAACUCGGAUCCUUACAAUGUACCGCCUGCUGUGUCGGUUGGGGUGGAUCCAAAUGCCGCUGCACAGAUGACACAGCUCACGCUUAAUAACUCAACGCCACCGCCAUUAUACUACAAUAUUAAUCUACCUCCUGAUCAGCCAUCGAUAUCAGGGAUUAGUGAUAGAGGUGCACCGCCAUCCUAUGAGGAAGCAAUUGAUCCCAAUGCUCCUCCGCCAUCUUACGAAUCACUCUUUGGUCGAAUGAGAGAAGCACACAAAUCCCGAAAAGGCAUAUUUGACUUUCUGCAGAAUAUAUUAGUUUUACUUUUAGGCACAAUUGGGUGCACAAUUAUAUUAGGUAUCACAAUUGUUAUUCCACUGUGUAUGAUGAUUAUUGGUGGGCUUUAUCUGUAUGACUGUCCACAAGGUGAAUACAUUCCUGUUUACUUACUAGUAGGAGGUGGAUUUGGAGUAUUUAAACAAUUGCUUCAUCUGUCUGCGAGAGUACGACACCGUCGAGAAGAGCAAGAAGAAGAGAGAAUUAGACAGUCUUCUACGCAAACUCUAAUCAAUUGUUUUAUGCUUGGAUGGUUUAUCAUUGGUUCUAUGUGGGUUUACAAAGAAUAUCAACCAAAUUAUGAUCCAGCUCUUGGUAAAUAUUGCAAUAAAACGCUAUACUUAUUUGCAUUCUGGUUAAUCACUUCAGUCUACAUCAUGCUGGCUAUUACGAUAGUUUGCAUCUGCAGUAUUUCUUUAGCAAGUGUAUUAUUUCAAUAGAAAUGUUUAUCCAUGUAAAGCUAAAAUAUCUAAAGUAUUUUUUAUAACGUUUUUUUAUAAUUCAAUGAAACACGUUUAGAACGCUUAAAAAGUUAUACAUUGAUACAAAAUCAAUUCAACUUAAAUAUUCCCAAACUUAAACUGAAUUAAAAUUCACUGUUUGGAAUUAACAUUUUUCACACAUGGAAAGUUUUUUGAAUUUGAACAAGUUUAUCGAAUCAGACUAUGAAUAAGAGUGAUAAAAAUAAGCACAAAAUUAUUGACUGCAUUUAUGUACCUGAGACACUUUAGUGGCAUUGACAUAAGCAAGUGAUUUUUAGAUCUGCAUUAUUGAUUUAAUACUGAGAAAAAAUCUACUGAAAUUGUAUUUAUUUUUUCAGUAUUUUGUAAUUUAAUUUUAUUUUUUUGAUAUGUUAAUAAUAAAUUAGAAUAGGAAUCUCAAUGAAAAUUUGAGAAGGAAGUAAAGAGUCUUAGGUAUCGAUUUGUACUACGAUCUUGAUUAUGGCAAAAGUAAAUAAAAAUUUAUAAAUUAUGUAUAAAAAAAAUUGUAUUUAUGAAAGCAUGAGUGAAGACUGUCAAAUAAAUUGGAGUAUAUGCUCUUUAGUUUGACUUAACAAAAAAAGAGAAGUUAUCGAAUUUUACUAGCUACCUUGCUAGUCAUUGUGAACAGAGGAUGUAAAUAGGAAUUUUCAGCAGACAGAUUUUUUUUAUGAUAUAUACUUAACUUACGUGUGUAUCGAUGAGGUCAAGAAAGACUGCACAAGUUCGUCGCACUUUCUUUGCUAUUCUUCCUGCCGUUACUAAUUUUAUUUUAUAGUGAUCUCCCUCUGUCUCUAUUUUUGUCUAUUACACAAUUACUGUUAUUCUUAAAUUUCAAAUUUUCAAACGUGAUCGGUUCAUUAUCGAAAAAGGCUACAUAUACUUAAAUGAAAUCAUUAAAAGUACGUGAUUGUAUUAAAUGUUCUCAUUAUCUGACAGAAAUUACAAUGUUCAGUGCAAUACAAUGUAAAUCAAGUUAUUUUUAAAGGAUAGAAAUAGAUACAUAGUAAUAUAUAAUUGUAAAUUACGUCGCUAGAAGAUAAAGCAAACUACAUUUGAUUUUUUGACAGCUAACGAAUAAAGCAAACAUAAGGGAGGUAAGACAAGGAAAUAAGGGAGAUAUACUCAGCUAUUAUUCUGCGAUAAUGGACCGAUUGCGCGCCAACAAGUGUACUGAUUUAACUGAACAGACUGUAAAUAUUAAUGAAUGAUCGUCGUCUUAAGUCCAAAUGCGACUAACGCAAUAUUUUCCACGGGCCUUCUAACAUGUCUUCGAUAAAAAGUAAUAACAAAUUUUGCUUAGAAUACCUUUGGAAAAUUGCUUACUUAAUUAAGUCGCGCUUUUACUCAAAGUUUAUAUGUAAUUGUAUGUACGCUACAAACAAAUAAGCUCAAAAAACUAGGGCAGAGCAUGGGAUUCAUAUGCGACGCAUUUACCACUAAUUAUUGCUAAAUGUGUAAUGUUAUUUAUUACAUAUUCCGAUCAUUAUGUACUACUAUAAUUUUUAUAAUCAUGAUCAUAUUUGUAAUUAUAUACGAAAUUCGAUCAAAAUCGAAAAACAAAUAAUGUAAGUAAAAUAUAAAUAUGAAUGAAAAUGGCAUUGAUCGAUUAGAAUCAUAAUUGUGAUUGGAAUUUUAGUUUAGAAUGAAAUUGAUUUUCUGUAAAUUAUGUUUUACUUUUAUCUCACUUCGUAUACAGAAAUUUUAUAUUAAAUUAUGAACUUUAUGUAUUCGAAAUAAGUAUAUGAAUGCGGCAUUAAAUUUUUAACAUUUUUAAAUUAUAGUUUUUGCAAAUCAACGUGUAUUAUAAGAAAACAGAGAUCUGAGAGGUUUCUUGCGAACAAUGACAUUUUCACAAAACGCAAUCAUUUAACACCGAAUUCAUUCAAGUGCGAUGCGAUUUGUUGUUAUAUAUGUUCCGUUAAAUAAACGGCUUACGAUUUUAAUCAA